AUGAUGUCAGCACUGAUGGCUUUAAUAUUUAUCAAAUAUUUGCCAGAAUGGACAGUUUGGGCAGUGCUUGCUGUUAUUUCAAUUUGGGACCUAAUCGCCGUGCUGUGCCCGAAAGGACCGUUACGAAUAUUGGUGGAAACAGCACAAGAACGCAAUGAGCCCAUCUUUCCCGCACUUAUUUAUUCGUCUGGACUGAUUUAUGCGUACACAUUAGUUGGUACCGGCUUCAUGGAUCAGGGUACUUCAUGCGCUACAGAGGACAGUCAAGCUGAUGCCGGCGCCGUUACUCAAGAUGAGCCAGCAAGUUCAGCAGAAGCGCGGCCAAUGGAAAACUUAACGACAAGUUCAUCGGAUAGCUCGCCACCAUCAACAGCCGAGCUUCUUCCAUCGGGCAGUGAUAGUGGUGAAAAACGGAGAUUCUCGCAGGGGAAGGUUGUACGACGAUUUGCACCAGCACGUGCUACAAGUGGCACAGCUCAAAAAAUGCCCGAGAAAAGCAAGCAGCAGCGGCAGCAUCAUCACUAA